UAUCCGUGUUCGCCCAUUACACACAUAUGGUUGUCUGUAUAGAUGGCAGAAAGGGUUAUACACAACUACAUAGCCGGAGCUUUAGGAGGCACCAUCGGACUUUUCGCUGGUUACCCACUUGAUACAACAAAGGUUCAAUUACAGACGUGCUCGAAGCUGAGUAAUAGUCAGAUCGGAGGACUUAUAGAAGCCACUCGAAAAAUACACAAUCAAGCAGGAUGGGUCCGAGGAUUUUAUCGCGGUCUGUCCUGGCCCAUGUUCUCAUACGGAAUCACAUACAGUGUCUUCUUUGGAGUCCAAGGUAACAUCCUAAAGAGGCUGGAGACAAACAAGGACAAACGAACUGAUUGUUACUUUAAGAUAUUCCUGUCAGGAUGUGCAGGAGGUGCUGCGCAGCUUAUCCCGGUCAUACCGACAGAUUACAUCAAGGUCGUACUUCAGUCUCAGAUCCCCACGGCAACGGCUGAUUUAGGAACAGUUACAGCAAGGGGUGCUGUGCUUGCCAAGAAAAGAGUUUGUUUCAGCGGUCCACUUGACUGCGCAUGGCACGUAUACAAGACAGAAGGUUUAUUAGGGUUCUAUAAGGGAUCACGUGUAGUUAUGUGUCGGGAUAUUCCGUCGUAUGGUAUGUACAGCCUUACGUAUCAGUACCUCAGCAAUACUCUCAAGGAGAAAGGCUGGACAGACUCCCGGGGAAUAAUGGCGGACAUGAUAGGAGGUGGAUGUGCGGGAAGCUUCACGUGGUUCCUCAUUAUGCCCUUCGAUGUGGUGAAGAGUCGAUAUCAAGCUGACCUGGCGGGCGAGUUCAAGGGCCCACUGGACUGUGCAUUAAAAAGUUAUCAAAGGGAGGGGUUUAAGGUGUUUUAUAGGGGAGUUCUCGUGACGUGUUUACGGAGUUUACCUGUAGAUGCGACCGCUUUUAUGGUCUAUGCACAGACUAUGAGGUACCUUGAAGGUGGUCGGGAGUGAAAUAGAUACAAUGAAAAACAUCUCAUUCCAUCCGCAAAUAGUGUCGUGUGAACGUGAAACAACCAUUCUCUGACUAGCUUAAGUACAGGGAAUGACGAUAGCUCGAUGUUCCCUCCCAACGUCGUAAGGGCUCACCAGUCCAGAUGUGUCCAAUGUUAAUACCUUCUUAAUAAGGCUAUACAAUGAUGGUCGCUGGUUGUCAAGGUAAUCCACAUACAAGACUGCAUAUCAAUUAAGAAUUAAUAUAUAUCGUGUAUAAGUAUACACGCGCGGUAAUCAAGGAGUUGUAUGCUUGAUGAAAAGAACUGACAUCCACAAAAGACAGCAUUAGUAUAAAUGCAUGCUUAGAAUAAUGUACUUUUAUGAAUGAUACGAAAAGUUUUGUAGCUUUGUAGGUCAAUGGAGACUACAGAAUCACCAAGUACACAAUAACUGUCGGACGAUUUCCUAGAUCUACAAAUUAUGGUAACAGAGCUACCCAGUACACGAUAAAGGUUGGACAGUGCCCUAUAUCUACAGAUUAUCGAUACAUACCGGUUCACCUUACCAUCCAGUGGAUUGGUUUAUCUAUUCAAUGUUUAAGGUUGAUAUGUUAUUUUUUAUUGUCACGCAUAAACGAUGAUCAUGGUAUUUUGUAUUUUGUUAUUUGCCGGAGAUAUUUUUGUCUCUGGUGUCAGGAUCGAGUCACGUAUGAUGGUUGCCUACAAAGCUCUUGUUUUUAUUACGAUGAUAAAUGUUAUGAAGACAGUUUAAAAUUUGAUGUGUGAAAAUUUUAGCAUUUAGCUAGACAUGUGGCAUCUAUGGUCGAUGUAAAUGACAGGUAUUUGCAGGAAAAUAUAUAUUGCACUUGUACAGUAUGACAUAUUUGCCCGCAGGAAUCUUGUCGUUUACAAUGUCGUUUAAAUUUCAUUACAAUAUAGUUUAACGACAAAAAUUGCUUAACAACUAUGCGCCACUGCCACCUACAUUCUGAUUAAAUGACAACAUGUCAUCAUUUAGCUAUCAUCAAUUAUUGAAAUAAUCGUGUGUAUUACCGUCCCAAAGGAAAUCACUGAUAUUUAAACAUUCAAUACACCAUCUGUCUUUUUUUAAUUUGUUUUCGUAAUUUUUUUCUUUGAUAUGUUAUUUUGUUUUUUAAAUAAACAAUUGGUGUGAACCGAUUAAAUCUG